AACUAAUACCAUACAACAAGGUUCCAGCUCCACAUCCAUCUAGGAACUCAAACUUAAUUGUGAUAUGCUUUUAGUAAUAUUCACUGUCAAAUGGUCAUCUUUACAAUCAGAUAAUAUCCCAAGACCCAACAAGCAUUUAAUCUCAUAAUAAUUAAAAAAAAAAAACUUUAAUUCUUACAAAACUAGAAAAGGAAAAUUCAUAAUUGAGUUCAACAAAAUAGCAAAACCACUACAAACUUGAUCUUCUGGUUCAACUAAAAACGUUUGGUAAAGAAAAAACCACAUUUGGGCUAUUUUAUCUACUGGCCCAUAAAAAUAUGGCAAUCAAUGAGCCCAUUAAAUAAAUUUUUUUAAAAAGCAACGGAAGCUUCUGAACCAACAAGAAGGUUACUCCAAAUCGGUAGGACUAACCAACACGACGACGAAUAGAAUCAAUCAACCGUCUUCCACCGAACCAAGCAAACUCCGAUCCCUGAUAUAUCCCCUCUCAGCCACCGUGGCUCCGGAUAUCUUACGACGGCUAUUCCCAGCUCGGACCCGAAGACCCGCCCCGAUCAUCCCUUUGACCCGGCUUGAAAUGAACCUCUUCCGGUUCUGCUCCGGUCUGAAAGUCCUCGGCUACUUCGUGAUCCUUCUCGUCAUCACCUUCGUCGCCGUGUCUUACUACGCCGUCGUCGUCAACACAUGGUGGCCGAUCUUAAUCGAAAACAACCAUAAAGCUCUCUCAGCUCUCGCAUGCUUAAUCAUAUUCGUCUUCCACUUCUUGUUGAUAAUGCUGUUGUGGAGCUACUUCACUGCUGUGUGUACGGACCCAGGUUCUGUUCCUGAGCAUUUCAGAAGAGAGCUUGUGGUUGUGGGUGAUAGUUUGGAGGCUGGUACUUCGACAGAACAAGGAGCUUUAGGUUCUUUAGGUUACUGUCCGAAAUGUAGGAAUGUUAAGCCGCCUCGUUGCCAUCACUGUUCUGUCUGUCAAAGAUGUGUUCUCAAGAUGGAUCAUCACUGUGUUUGGAUUGUUAACUGUGUUGGGGCACGUAACUACAAGUUCUUCCUUCUCUUUCUGUUGUAUACUUUUCUCGAGACAUUGUUGGACGUUGUAGUCUUGCUUCCUAGUUUCAUUGAGUUCUUCAGCCAAGCUAUAAAGCGGUCCUCUUCUCCGAGUCAACUUGCUUCUCUCGUUCUGGCUUUUGUUCUUAACUUAGCGUUCGUUCUCAGCCUUCUCUGUUUCAUAGUCAUGCAUCUCUCUCUUGUCUCAACCAACACUACUUCAGUCGAGGUUCAUGAGAAGAGUGGAGAUGUCAGAUGGAAAUAUGACUUGGGAAAGAGGAAAAACUUCGAGCAGGUUUUUGGGAAGAAGAAGGCGUUUUGGCUCCUCCCGUUGUAUUCUAAAGAUGAUCUCCAUAACAUAACUUCACUUCAAGGCCUUGAGUUUCCUACUCGUUCUGACAUCGACCCUUGAUUCAAACAACAAUCAUUCAACCAAACAUCGUUGGAAAGCUCUCUACAGUGGAGAUAACUCUCUUCUCAAGUUGUAUCUGAAACCACACUACAUUGUUGUAAUAGCGAAAUUGAUUUGAUUCAUUUGUUAAUUUAUGCUCUUCAGCUUGUCUGAUAUGAGAACCAGUUGUUACUUCUUGUACAAGUUAAUAAUCACAAGUGAAA